UUACACCAGACUUAGGCCUCCAGCUAUUUGCUGCCUUCUUUGGGUCAACAUAUUUCCCGGUCCAACCCUCCAUGAUUUUUGCUUAUGAUAGAGCGCGAUAUUUGGGUAAUAUUUGGAUUCAGGCGAGCUGAUACCUCGUCGGAGUAGAACAAGUCCCGAGGCGAGUAACUGCAAGAGAAUGAGCGUCGGGAAAGAGUUAAGCAAUGGUGGUCUCAGUCAGCUCGAGUGGUACACAGGCACGUGCCUCGAGCGGCGGCAGACGCGUGAGCUGAGCGAACUCGAAGACGUGUUCUUGACGGUCAUCACGCACAAACGCCACUUGCGCCACUUGUUCCAGAGCCCGUCUACAGACGUGGUUGUACAUGAAUUUAUAGACAACACUGAAGAUCAUGGCAACAGAGACCGAAGGGACAUCAUCACUUCUCAUUUUCCUCACCACUGCAUCCGUUACAACUCUAUCUUGGUUUUUCCUGUUUCCUCACACACCCACUCUACCUAUACCAUUCUUGUUCAAAACACCCAGGAUCUCUCAUUCAAAAUCCACUUCGCGGACCAUCAUAACCAACCUCCUUCUUCUACACACGCUAUUCAUUCUUCACCGUAUCAUCUUGCUAGCCCCACCCAACCUCUUUACACGGCUAGGUCUCAGCGUGGGUACACCUACCGAUGCCAUACGGAGUCUUUUACUCGCCGCCUCUCCAGAUGGGACGUUGCCAGAGCGAGUGGAAAUGUUGCUGAAACGUUUGGGCUCGGCAGAGAUGCGGAUUAUUUACGUCAAGUUUGGGCAUGAAACGCUCUCAGCUUGCGUCUUUUGCUCAACUUACUUCGACUUUGCGCUUUAUGCGUUCACAGGGGUGUUCCUGGAGUACUUGAGGGAAGCUGCCGUUAUCGGUCUUGUCACGAUAAAAUCGACUUCCCUCGAGCGGUACCGCUCCGUAGCAAUUGGAGUUCUCAUCGCUGCAGCAGCCGGAGAAGCUUAUUGGCUUACAACCGUUGGGAUUACUAUUCCUCGAGAAGGCAAGCCAAGCAAUCCAGUAAUGUGGUACGACGUGCUCACUCUCCUCCGGCAGCUACUCUUCCUUUUUCUGCCGCUUAUCGUCCACUUUAUCCUACCACCGUCACCACUGCGCAUUACACAAGAAAUCCUCAAUUCUUAUAACCCAACGGUCCCGAACCCCUCAUCGCCGGGAGUCCAACUUCCACCCGCAAUAACUACGAUGCAUGAUCUGAUCAACCGAUUACAGCUGCUACGCUACAGCCGUGGUGCUUUUGGGAGGAUAGGUUCUGGCUCAAGUUCUACACAGGACUUUUGGUGGGCUAGGGAAAGAGAGAUGGGUGCUUGGGUGCGAGAAGACGAGGAUGUGAAGAAGGUUGCCAAAGGUUUGGGAAUGGAUUAUCAACAAACAAGCAGUGGUAGCAAUGGGGAGAAUGCUGGGGUGAAGGUUGGAGAGCUGAGAGCGAAUGCGAGGCGAGCUGUAGGAGCAUUGUUUAGGGGAUUCGCACCGAGUACAUACUGGACUCCCUCUUCGCAGAGAUGAAACUUCAAUUUUCCAUCUGUGAAUCAGAGGUUUCGGGUGCGAAAAAGCUCCGAAGGAAAACGAAAGGAGGGAGUGAAAUCGCAGUAUCGGUCAUCUGAGCUUGAACGGUGGUGGUAGAGCCGUUUACCAGCUCUUUGCGUGCAGUUUCCGGUCGUCGUUGGCUACAGGUUACCAUCACAGAGAGUAUAGUAGAACCUGCUCCGACUUCGUUCGUCGGGAUCUGAUACCAAUGGAGAGCUGCAGGUUGGGCUGCAGGGGCAGCAGUGGCACCCCUCUGGAUAUGAGAGAGCCACCGUCACGGUAAAGCCACUCAGAAUCUGCCAGCCAUGGAAACCCGCGGCUCGAACGGUUACUGCUAAUGCUUAUCUUUGUAUCAUCUUCGUCCCGGCAUUCUAAAAUCAGAUACAAUGCUCACUCUCGGGGGAGGGGUGGGCAGAAUGCAACAAGUGAGUCCACUGUAAUAUUGUCCCCAUCCAGUCUCAAGCAGCACUCGGAGAUUUGUAGAACUUUUGGUGUUGUGAAUGCAGUAACCAAAGCAAAUUAGAUCUGAACCACGUACGAUGACCAUACUUCUAUCCCUGUCCAUUCGAGUGCAUUUGUUUAGCUUUCCGAACCAACGAAACUCCUCGUCUUCUCAUUCGUCGAGGCAACUCAUACUGGCAGACACUCUUAACCUCAUUGGUCGGCGAAGUUAAGAUCCCUAUCAACCUCAUGAAAUGUAAGUCGUCAUCUCCACGAAUCGACGACAAUCAUUUAUUACCUACUGAGGGUCCCUAUUACGGACACCGAUCUCAUUGGCUGGUGUGUUCGUGGAGGCUGAAACGAGGUUGAUGCAAAUCCGGGAAAGAAUGUACGCAAUCGUCCACUAGUCACUGUAAUAGCAGUGUUUGCGAGAAACUGGUCAUUUAGAAGAAAGGGGUACUUCGAAUGUAUGAGUGGCGGCGUGAAGACUUUGUACUUAGUCCUGAUACUGCACGAGCUAUCUUCGGGAAGCCACAGGCUCCGAGAGAAAACGAUCAGAAAAGAAUCCAGACCUGCUCGGGACUUGGUGGGCGGUCGUAUC